AGUGCGCUGCCAGGGUGGCAGGAUUUGUGUUGAAACCUCCGUUCUGUCAGACAUGCGCAAGAGCGUCAGCAGCAGCUCCAAAGCCAUCGCUGCGCCGCGUUUCCGCCUUGGCUGAGCGGCGCGCACAGGCCGAAAGGAAGAGCAGAGCCAGCGAGACGCAGUGGGAGCAGCGCGCACGGAAGAACCCCAGCUCCGCUCCGCGUUUCCACCUCCACUGCAGAGCGGGCACUCUGCGCGGCGCGCCGCCGCCUCUCCGGCAUGGACUCUGCGCUACGAAGACGCAGCUAAAAUGUGAAGCUCGCCGGGCAAAUCAGAGUAGACAGAGCGCGCGCGCGCGGGUGUGUGCGCGCGCCAGGAAAAAAGGAGAAAGUGCUUUGCGGGUGAAUUCAGCUGUGCGUUCUGCAGUGCAAAAAUGAAGAAGUUUAACAUCAGGAAGGUGCUGGACGGGCUCAAGGAGGUGUCGUCUUCCACGCCGUCUGUCCAAGUGGGGCCACAGGAGAACCAUCUGUUCCACGAGACUCUCCAGUCCGACCAUUUCCAGCUCUGCAAGACCGUCCGUCAUGGCUUCCCCUACCAGCCUUCAUCCAUGGCUUUCGACCCUGUGCAGAAGAUUCUGGCCAUCGGCACCCAGAGCGGAGCUCUCAGACUGUUUGGGCGUCCUGGUGUGGAGUGUUACUGUCAGCAUGAGAGCGGCUCCGCCGUCAUUCAACUACAGUUUCUCAUCAAUGAGGGGGCGCUGGUGAGCGCGCUGGCUGACGACAGCGUCCACCUGUGGAACCUGAGGCAGAAGAGACCGGCUAUCCUCCACUCCCUGAAGUUCAACAGAGAGAGAAUAACUUUCUGCCACCUGCCCUUCCAGAGUAAAUGGCUGUACAUCGGCACAGAACGAGGGAACGUCCACAUUGUCAACGUGGAGUCCUUCAUGCUCUCAGGCUACGUCAUCAUGUGGAACAAAGCCAUUGAACUGUCUUCAAAAGCUCAUCCUGGACCAGUAGUCCACAUAAGUGAUAACCCUAUGGAUGAGGGAAAGCUUAUAAUUGGAUUCGAGUCUGGUAUCGUGGUCCUUUGGGAUCUGAAAUCAAAGAAGGCAGACUAUCGCUACGCUCACGAUGAGGCGAUCCACUCAGUUGCUUGGCAUCAUGAGGGCAAGCAAUUCAUCUGCAGCCACUCUGAUGGAACCCUGACCACAUGGAACGUGAGAGGCCAAGGCAGGCCCAUACAGACAAUCACCCCGCAUGGAAAACAGCCCAAGGAUGGGAAGAAGCCAGAGCCAUGUAAACCCAUUCUUAAAGUGGAAUAUAAAACAACUAGGAAUGGGGAGCCCUUCAUAAUCUUUUCUGGUGGUCUGUCCUAUGAUACUGUUGGCCGACGGCCUUGUCUGACAGUAAUGCACGGGAAGAGCACUGCGGUCCUAGAGAUGGACUACCCUAUAGUAGACUUCCUCACACUAUGUGAGACGCCGUAUCCUAAUGAUUUUCAGGAGCCUUACGCUGUGGUGGUCCUUCUAGAAAAAGAUUUAGUGGUGAUCGACCUUGCACAAAAUGGGUACCCCAUAUUUGAGAACCCAUACCCGCUGACGAUCCACGAGUCUCCUGUGACCUGCUGCGAGUACUUUGCCGACUGCCCUGUGGACCUCAUACCUGCACUUUACUCUGUCGGCUCACGACAGAAACGACAGGGAUACAGCAAAAAGGAAUGGCCUGUGAGUGGUGGAAACUGGGGUCAAGGCACACUAAGUUACCCAGAGAUCAUCAUAACCGGGCAUGCUGAUGGAACUGUGAAGUUCUGGGAUGCCUCUGCAAUAAUGCUCCAGGUGCUCUAUAAGCUAAAAACAGCUAAGGUAUUUGACAGGAACCGGUCCAAAGAAGACAAGGGCAGCACCGAGGUGUCAGACGAGGACCCUUUUGCCAUUCAGAUUAUGGCUUGGUGUCCUGAGAGCCGGAUGCUUUGUGUCGCCGGGGUGUCAGCUAACGUUAUCGUCUACCGCUUCAGCAAGCUGGAAGUAACCACUGAGGUUGUGCAGCUACUAGAGGUGCGAAUGCAGUCUGAGCUGAACGAAACAGACUCUCCAGAUGGCGGGGGUGAGCCGACAUCAGCACAUCAUACCCCCGGUGCCAGCCCUCACACAAGCGGCCCGCCUUCACAGCCUUCCACCAGCAGCAACAACUCUGAUGGAGGCAACAUGCCCUGCCUCAAAGUGCGCAGCACUCCUUUAAAGCAGUCUGCAGGUUACCAGGUAGAUUUGGUGGUCCAGUUAGUGUGGGUGAGUGGAGAGCCUCCUCAGCAGAUCUCAAGUCUGGCACUCAAUUCCACCUACGGCCUAGUGGUGUUUGGCAACAGCAACGGUGUAGCAGUCGUGGACUACAUCCAAAAGACGGUGGUCCUUAAUUUGGGAACGGUCGAGCUUUACGGCUCCAAUGACCCCUACCAGAGACAGCCACGGUCACCGAGAAAGUCACGACAGCCUUCAGGAGGUCUGUGCGAUAUAAACGAGGGCUCUGCCACUUCAGAGGACCGCUGCAAGUCUCCUACUUCAGUGUUGAUGUCAAACACCAAUCUACAUCAGUUCUACAAUGGAGGUGGUAGAGGAGCAAAGAUGUCACGGAAAUUAAGCUUGCCUACUGAGCUAAAGCCAGACUUGGUCCUCCUGUCCGUAUGCCCGCCGCGGGGUGCCAACCCAUUAGACCACCGAGACAACUCCUUCAGCCGCUCGCGCUCCUCCAGCGUCACCAGCAUCGACAAGGAAUCGCGGGAGGCCAUCAGCCUUUUCUACUUCUGCGAGACAUUUGCCCGGAAGGGGGACUCCACUUUGACCCCCUGUCUGUAUGUGGGGACCUCCCUGGGAACUGUUCUGGUCCUGGUGCUCACAUUACCACCUGCUGGGGAGCAGCGGCAACUGCAACCAGUUAUCAUUGCACCUGUAGGAAUGUUGGUGCGACUGAAGGGAAGUGUUUUACGGAUGGCUCUCUUGGAUUCCUCUGGCUCUCUGCUGCCUCCUUCCUUUGAUCCUUGGUUUGAACCCAACGUCACCACAGACGGAGAGGAAAAGGUCCCCAAGCGCCGGCCUGUGUCCGUGUCCCCCUCCACCUCCCAGGACCUUAGUGAGAGCCAGUAUGCCGUGGUUUGCUCAGAAAAACAGGCCAAAGUCGUUUCCCUGCCCUCCCAGACGUGCAUCUACAAACACAACAUCACAGAGACAUCCUUCAUCUUACGGGCAGAUGUGGUGCAGAUGACCCAAGGCGUGUGCCUGGCCUGUUUUUGUGCCAACGGCCACAUCAAGACCCUCAGUUUGCCGGGACUGAGACCGCUCCUGGAUGUAAACUACCUACCGUUGACAGAUAUGCGGAUAGCCAGAACAUUCUGCUUCACCAACCUGGGUCAGGCUAUGUACCUGUGUUCCCCAACUGAGAUCCAGAGGAUCACCUACAGUCAGGAAACCUGUGAAAACCUGCAGGAGAUGCUGGGUGAGCUUUUUACCCCGGUGGAGACACCAGAGGCACCAAAUAGAGGUUUCUUCAAAGGCCUCUUUGGAGGAGGAGCACAGUCGCUAGACAGAGAGGAACUUUUUGGUGAAAUAGCAGCUGGAAAGGCAUCACGAAGUCUGGCCCAGCACAUCCCUGGCACGGGUGGUAUUGAGGGCAUGAAGGGGGCUGCCUCAGGUGUGGUUGGAGACCUGGCACGGGCCCGGAUAGCACUGGAUGAAAGAGGCCAGAAACUGGGCGAACUGGAUGAGAGGACGGCUGCCAUGAUGACAAGCGCAGACUCUUUUUCCAAACACGCCCACGAGAUGAUGCUGAAGUGCAAAGAUAAAAAGUGGUACCAGUUCUGAUUAGCGUUGGGGAGUAGUACAAUUCUCUGGACUUCACUAUUUAACUUCCAUUUGCUCAUGUGGACUUGCUGUGAUUCCAAGCCAUCUGUCUGUUCAUCCAUCUAUCUCUCCGGGCCUUUUUCACUGAAACACGUGGGAUUUUCUUCCCUAGCACAAUGUUGAAUACUGUUUUUACCUCAGACUGAAGGUGGAACUGAGGGGUACACAAAGGGUGAAGGAUAACCUCAGACGAAACAAAUAAAUGGUGUCUUUCCUAUACCUUCUUGUCUUUUUUUUUUGUGUUCUCUCUAUUCAAUCUCCUCUCUGAGGUUGCAGAUUGGCCUGAGCACCUGGAGGUUCCUCGUUGUCAUUUACCUAAAACAAAACCACACAAAAAAAAAAAAAAAAGUGUUUUACUGUUGUCUUUACUCUGUACUCACAGCUGGAAAAAAAAGUCACAAAGACUACAAAAGAUGUAUGAAAUGUAAAAAGAAGAAAAUAUGACAUGACUAUUUAUACGUAGAUCUAAUACAUGUGCAAUGCUGUAUCUACUUGUAGACUUUUGUACUUGCGUGAGAAGUGCAAAAGACAGGGAUAGCUCGUCGAGGAGAUGGGAGCUGAAACAUGGAGAGCCAUUAGAAGCCCUCAGACAGUGAAGUCUCCUCUAUGCAGAGAGUUUCCAGGAUAAUAGCAUCUCACUUUCAUGUAUAUUUUGUCAUCUUGCUCAGUCUUUGAACCCUCCUCUCUGACAGGUGUUAUUGAUCUCUAUGGGUGAGAGAUUUCAUUUGGCUUUGCUGAUUUUUCGGAUUUGUUUAAAAAACCUAUUUUUCUAAUGUGAAACAUAUUUAAUUUUGUUUGGAAAAGAAAGUUAUUUUGUGGCUGUUUGGUGUUUUUGAAAAGGGCUGGAAUUCAAAAGGAAGGCAGAAAUAAUUAGAUAUAUAUACACACACACACACAUAUAUAUAUCUCCAUUAAGAAACAGAACACACAUUCUUGCAAAAUUGGUUUAAUUCCAACAAGUCGAAAACAAAAAAGAUUUUCCCAUUUAGUUGUUUGUGCAGAAAGUUUUCACAUGAAUGAGAUGUCAUCCUUCAACUUUCUUUGUUGCAAAACUCCCAAAUGUGGAGGAUCCAGGGGUGGAGCUACAGGGGGCAGAGGGGGCCCGCUGCCCCACCAGCAAAAGCCCCUCCACCCGAAUUUUUAAUCGGUAUUCAUAUCAAUUAUGACAAACAUUAAGAACUCAUAAAUACAAACGUCUUUAAGCAGUGCAAAUGGUUACAAAAAUAUGUAAUUGAAAUGGGUAUAUUUGAUCUUUUCAUUUAUACUUCUCUUUUUGCCGCCCUUUAAAAGUCUUCUGCUUCCCCCCCCCAUAUAUAUAAACAGUUCUAGCUCCGCCACUGGGUGGAUCCUCGUUGCUAAUUGUACAUAGGUAAAUAGGUUGACAAUCUUUGAUCACAUGGAAGGUGAAGAUCGACGUUGCUUUAGCAACAAUAGAGGAGAAUGGCCAUAUUUUUCUGACGCCAAAGAGUUUUUUUUGCCCCCCCACCCCCACCCCCGUCGCUUCUUUUGUAUUAACAUCAGGCCAUAAAUCUGGGAAACCUAACAGCACCCGCUAAUGUGUCUGUGUUCAAGGAUCAGCAGGUUGCAAUAGGAAGCCAAAUAUGGUGUACAUUUGUAAUAAAAGGUAACAACUCAAUUAGUGUUCAAUGUUCAAAUUGGCUAAGCUGCUAGUUAAUUACUGUUAAAUGAAGCCAAACUCAUUUGCGAUACUUUCAAGCAUUUCAUUCAUAUGGGAGGGUGUGUUUGUGUGUCUAUAUGUGUGUCCUCUAAAGCUGUCCUAAAGUAGUUUAGGAGACAUUCAUGUUUUGUUGGAGUAGUUGUCUUUCCAGCCUUCUGCGUGUCCUCUUAGACUGCAGUGACUAAAAUUAUUCAAUUUAAAAAAAUUUCAACUUAAUCGAUUAUUUUUUUACUUUCAGAUUUUGUUUUUUUUCUUAAUGUUUGGACUUUCAGCAGCAGUACACCUCAGACCUUCUGUGUUUAGUCAGUUGUGUAGUGUGGUGGUUGGUAGGUAGCUCUCUCCUAAUGGCAAAGAGAGAAAAAAAUCACAAUUUAUUUGGUAUAAUCUUCUUUUAUCAAUUAUUGUGUAUGUUUUUUUCUUUUUUUCCAGCAUCUAACUUUUUUUCAUCCAUACUCUUCAGUAUGCAGUAUUAUUGCCUGAUAUAAUCCACACUCAGACAAUGAGAGGGAGUCCUGUCUAUUCACCGUAUGUCAUUCUCUGUCCACAGUUAUCAGUGGGUUGCAGUAUUUUUAUCAUUGUAGCCAACUUUCUUGUACAGUUUUAUGCAACUUUCACAUGGAUGUUUAUGACUCUGUCUGCCGAUACACAAGAUUUAGGAAUUCUGUAGAUAACUUACUGUGCAAUGUAAAAAUAAAAGUGGAAAAACUUUU